GAUGAGAACGACGCUUCUAGUGGUGGCAUCAGUCGACGUUCUACGUUCGUUCAACGCGUAUCUCGAUGGCGUUCAAUCUCUCGCGAGUUCCUCGAUAGCCGCGUGCUCGAGUGGACUUGUCAAACUUAAAACAAUACCAACACCAACAUCAGCCAGCCCCCGUUUUAACAAACCCCCGAUCUAUUACCUGUCUACCCUUUUAUCUACUUACUUUCUUUUUUUUCUCCUCAUCGUCAAUCAUAUAUAUAUUUACAGAGAGUUAAUUGAUCAGUUUGUUGUUGUUGUUGUUGUUGUUGUUGUUGUUAUUGUCACGAGUUAAUAAUAACGCGAUGCAUGCCGAGUUUGGUAUAUCGAAAUUCUGCUCGAGCGGUUUCUACCGCGCGGAUUAUUGGACGAGUGACGCGCGCACGUAAAAAGGACUCUGCCGCGUCCCUCUAAUACAGAGAAAAGUGUGUGUGUGUGAGAGAGAGAAAGAGAGAGAAAGAGAGAGAAGAAAGUGUAGUCCUUUAAAACGACAAUCAUCGUCAGAAUGGAACCCGCCAAAGAUCGUCUGGCGUCUCGUUAUUGUGGAUAUCGUUUGGCUGUCGAGAUAUAUGAAAAGAGUCUGGUCAGAGCAGACAGGUCAGCGACUUGGUAUCUCGUAUCCGCUAUUCUGGAAGAAUUGGCCGGUCCAACUAGUACGGUCAAUUGUAUGCCAAGCAUCACUAACGCGACAAGUGUGAUGAAUACUACGACGACGACGACGACGACGACAACUAAUAAUAUUAAUAAUAAUAAUAAUAAUAAUACGACAAGUUCAACGACGAUGGAUAUAUUAACGAAUCCCAGUAUGCCAUUGAGAAGAAAAAUCGAGUUCUAUUUUGCUUGUCCAUUUUGCGAAGGUACACUCUUCGAACCCGUUACCGCCAGCUGCGGACACACUUUUUGCAGGAAUUGCAUGGAAACGGGAACAAAUUGUCGCGUGUGCGGACAAAAAAUUGUAACCAUUGGUCAAACUAACGUGCUAGUGCAAAGGCUCGUGGAAAAGUGGUGGCCACGCGAGCUCGAGGCCAGCAAAGCGAGACACGAGGGUGACCUCCUCAUAAAGGAGGGUGACCUGACUAAGGCACUGGAUAGGUACAACCUUGCCGUUAGACUAGUGCCAAACAGCCCACUCCAUCUUAGCAACAGGGCCCACGUUUUGCUUUUGUUAAAGAGGCCACAGGCGUCUUUAACGGAUGCCGAUCAGGCAGUUAGGCUUAGACCUGAUUGGGGAAAGGGUCAUUACAGAAGAGGAGUAGCAUUAUCAGCUUUGGGCAGAUACGAGGAAGCUUUUUUUGCCCUUUGCAUUAGCGUUGCCAUCGACAAGAAUCCUCAAGUAGUACGGCACGAAUUAACCAGGGUGUUGCAUAGAAUGUUAUUGGCCGAUUUGCGUCGUCAAAGUGUCAUGCAAUCGCGAACACCUUACAAUUUAAUAGAAGGUGUGUCCCGCACGAGAAGCCGUCACCAAUUAACAAAUCCCAAGCGUAAUCGACAUGCCGCGUUUAAUAGUUCGGAUUGCGAGGACGAUAGUAGUGGUGGCGAAGAGGAAUUCACACAGACGAUUAGUCGAAGACUUCUCUCGAAUAAUGCGAAACUUCAAACGAUCUUGGACCGAGUAUCCCAAGAUAUGGAAAAACUGAAAAGAGUGGAAGCAAGACCUGCUGAAGUUUUAUUACCUCCAUUUUCUGAUGGAACGGUCAACGAAUUAGAUUGCAUUUUAUGCUGUCGAUUACUUUGGAAACCUGUAACAACGCCAUGUGGGCAUACUUAUUGUUGGAUGUGUCUUGAUAGGUGUUUGGAUUAUUCCUCGGCUUGUCCAUUGUGUGUCACAUCCUUAGCCGACUAUCUAGCGAGUAGUCAAAAAACGGUAACAGAUUUUAUCGAAAAGGCUUUGAAAAUUGUUGCACCGAACGAAUACGCGGCCAGAGCUGCGAGUCAUCGACUCGAGUUGGUUCAAGGUCUCGGUCUUCUGGACAGCGAACAAAUCGCUGUAUUUAUUUGCACCACUGCAUUUCCAUGCGUCGCGUGUCCGUUGUUCGUCUAUGAGCCUAGAUAUCGAUUGAUGGUUAGAAGGUGCGUCGAAAGUGGGGUCAAACAAUUUGGUAUAGCUGCGUGUCUUAACAAAGAAUCGAGUGGUGCUAAAAGGUACGCGGAAUAUGGUACGAUACUUGAAAUACGGGAUCGCGUUUUAUUGAAGGAUGGUUGUAGUAUAUUAAGUACGUUAGGAAGAAGAAGGUUCCGAGUUUUAUCUGGUGGUGAAAGGGACGGAUACGAUACGGCACAUGUUGAAUUUAUACGGGACACAAUAGUACAAGGAAACCAAUUAUUGAAUCUCUUGGAAUUGCACGAUAAGGUACGAGCUAAAGGUAGAAGAUGGUGGAACACUGUCCCGUCUUAUCAACAAUCCGAAAUUCAACGUGUUUUCGGUCGUAUGCCCGACACGGAAGAAGAUUGGCCGAGAUUACCGGACGGUCCUUCAUGGACUUGGUGGUUGUUAGCCAUUUUACCACUUGGACCACAACUUCAAGUUGGUAUAUUGGGUACAACUAGUUUGGAGAAAAGAUUGAGAGCCAUAGAAAAGACUUUGGAUCAUAUGGAACAAAGGCAAUUAACUGUUGCACCAGCACCGUCCGAAGAAACAACGACCUCGUCGAGUAUUUGCAGAGAUAGACGGGCCAUAACGGAAAGGACGGUUUCACUAUUUCAACAAUCCUAGAAAUUAUUCUCUACCCUUUUUUCUAUUACCCUUUCAAAUUCUUUUCAUAAUUAACUUUAACAUCUUUCGUUUCAUUUUGAAAACACAUUUGCGCUAAAGGAUUAAAAUAGAUUAUCGUGAUUUUCGAUAAUCGAUUUUUGUCUAAGGAUACAUUUAACAUAUCCCUUCCUUCCUUCCUUCCUUCCUUCCUUCCUUCCUAUUCCUCUCGCAUAUUUUUAAUUAAGUAUUUUUGCCCGAGUGUCUAUAUAGCUCGAUUAAUUCGGCACUCGUUAAACUCUCGAUCGGAUACCUUAUCGAUCAAUCCAAAUUCUCAGCGAGCGAUUUCGUUAAACAAAUCAGCGACAUAUCCGGUAUAAAAAAAAAAA